AUGGAUCUGUAUUCUAACGUUCUUGAGAACAUGCUUGUUGCGGAGCAAACAAAAGCUGCAGACGAUAUGGUAGUUCAAUCGGGCCUACUAGAGACUGAGACAGCCUCACAGAAGGAGCCUGAGAAGGCAGAACGCAAUGCUAAAAAGGUUGCUGAAGAGCAUUCCAAAGCAGUUGAAUCCCCAAUCUCCAGCUACUGGUAUUUGGAUGACGAUACCACAAGAGCUAACCAGCAAUUCUCGGAUCGUAUAAUGGAAAAGUUGCUCUCUGUCAUGAUAGUCGAUGAAGUCGAUGGUCAGCAGAAGCUACUGCCAAUGAGAACAGCCAUGCAGAAGGAACGUCCGCCUUUCUCGAUGAAUAUCAUGAACACGAACAGCACUCAAUUGGCGCAAAAAGCGUCUCCAAUGUUCGAGGGGUUUGAUGCCAUCUUUAUGUGCUUCUCCUGGCACAAUCCGUACUAUACUGUGGGAAUACUUUUAUUAAUAACUCAUGCCAUUCUUAGGCCGCAAUUGUUUGCGCUGUUUCUCCCUGCGUUCAUCUUGGUCAGAUACAUGUUUCCCAGUUAUCUCAGGUUGUACCCAAGCGACAAUACAUUCGUGGAUGGUAGGUAUCUAAAGAGGAAUCCAUUCCCACAUACUGGCAAAGCCCUCGGUAAAUUCAAGUCCCCAAAGCCUGCUGCAAUGUAUUCCAAGGAGUACUUGAUGAACUUCACAGAUAUGCAGAAUCAUAUUGUCCCUUACAUUCGUCUUCAUGAUUCAUUAAUUGAAUGGGGUCAGCAUUACUUUUUGUUUGAGGACCAAAAGUUGAGUACGAUCGUUUUUUUAAUUUUGCUAUUCUUGAUUGGCUUCAACGUCUAUAUCUUGCCAAUAGUCACUCCAUUGAUACUACGAGUGGUGAGUAUUCAAGCAAUCCUCAUAAUAUUGACAUGGGCAGUUUUUAUUAGUUCUCAUCCUGUGGUCAAUAACAAGAUUCUAGAUCUACUCGAGACCGAGGAGGCCAGACUUGCACGAUUAGACCGCACUGAUAGAGCGGAAAAGUAUUUGAUGACCUAUAUCAGCGAUACUCCAGACGACGAGUUCAGAUGUGAACUAGAGAUAUUCGAAUUACAACAGUACAAUUUGACUGCAAAAGCUUGGAAACCUGUUGGCUAUACAAAAGACUUUUACUCGCUCAACCAUCCAGAUAGAAUACUAAAGAGCGAAGAGGAUGAUGGAAGUGAGAAUGAUCUGUUCGAUACUCCAUUUAACGAGUAUGCUGAACCUCGAGUCGUACUGGUUGCCACUCUUUCGGAAAUCAGGGCCCCGCUUGGUUGGAAAUUUGUGGAUAGCAGGUGGUCGAUUGACCUCGAUCCCCACCUGUGGGUCGUGGACAACUGUAUCAUGGACCUUGUGAGCGUAGACGACGAGGAGAAGUGGGUUUAUGACGCGGUGGUGAAGGAAGAAGAACCUUCCGGCAACAUUUACAGAAGACGUCGCUGGUAUAGGUACAGCCAGAGGCAAGCUAUCAACAAGAAGGGCAAGGAGAAGGCUGAGACCGAGCAGCAGGAUCUGCACGAGUGA